AGCCACGAAAGAAGUGAAGCAAUGAAAAGCUUCAAUAGGCAGGAAAGUCCCCGCCCAGGAAAUCUAAUACUACAUCCCUUCUUCUGAAAAGUUUUGCUUUAGCAGAGGCUGCCGGGGAGUGGACCCGUCUUGAUCCCAGAACCAUGUACACAGCAAUCCCCAAAAGUGGCUCGCCCUUCGAUGCUUCGGUAAAGGAGCCAGGCCUCCACAUCUGGCGAGUGGAGAAGAUGAAGCCUGUGUCGGUACCAGAAGAGAUGAAAGGCAUCUUCUAUUCCGGGGAUUCUUACCUGGUUCUUCACAAUGGGCCUGAUGAGCAGUCCAGUGUGCACAUCUGGAUUGGCCAGAACUCCUCCCGAGAUGAGCAGGGAGCCUGUGCUCUGCUCUCCACCAACCUCAACUUCUUCCUGAAAGAAAAGCCUAUCCAGUACCGGGAGGUGCAGGGCAAUGAGUCCGACAUUUUCAUGGAGUACUUCCCCCACGGCAUCAAAUACCAGGAAGGAGGUGUGGAAUCUGCCUUUAACAGAACCCAGGCCAGCCAGCAACCCAGUCCUAUUCGCAAACUCUACCAGGUGAAGGGGAAAAAGAAUAUCCGGGCCACUGAAAAAGAAUUGAGCUGGGCUAGUUUUAACACCGGCGACUGCUUUAUCCUGGAUCUAGGAGAGAACAUCUUCACUUGGUGUGGCGGCAAAUCCAACAUCUUAGAGCGCAACAAAGCCAGGGAUUUAGCAACGGCAAUUCGGGAUAGCGAGAGGAAGGGGAAAGCCAAAGUGGAGAUAAUUGCAGAUGGCGAAGAGCCGGCUGAGAUGAUAGCGGUCCUGGGUCCUAAACCAGCUCUGAAAGAGGGCAGUCCAGAGGAAGAUGUCAUGGCUGAUCGGAAAAAUGCAGUUGCCGCUGUACUUUAUAAGGUAUCGGACAUGACGGGGAAAAUGAGCCUGACAAAGGUCUCGGAGUCCAGUCCAUUCCGCCAGGACCAGCUCAUUACUGAUGAUUGUUUCAUCCUGGACAACGGGCUAUGUGGGAAAAUCUACGUUUGGAAAGGGCUCCGAGCAAAUGAGCAGGAACAACAGGCAGCCCUGAAGGUAGCUGAGGACUUCAUCACUCAGAUGAAGUAUCCCCUGAACACACAGGUGGAAAUCUUGCCCCAAGGCCGCGAAAGCCCUCUCUUCAAACAAUUUUUUGUAAACUGGAAGUGAAACCGAGUCGACAUCCUGAGCUGGCGAUACUCCGUGCAUGUGCCUUACUUACCCUGUUAUCGACCAUUAUGCCUUAUUAAAACGGAGCCACAGUGGCCUAACAUUCUU